AUGAAAAACUCAGCGUUUCUUCUAUUUCGUCUUCCUAAAAAUGUGCAGCUCCACUUGUUGAGAUGUUUCGAGUAUAGUGAAUUAUUUACAUUCUCCCUUCUCACCAACCGUACCAAACGACUUGUCGUCGGUUUAAAGAGUUUACCACGAUCUGAAAUCAAUGUGGAAAUUGGAAGAAAUCUCAUUAUUCGAAUUCCGACCAAACGACAAAGACACACAUGUUUGCAAUUCGUGUUCUACGAUGAAAAUGAAUCGGAGGAUGCGUUGAAUGUGGAUGUGACGCUUCCAAAACCCCCUCAGAUCCAGGAGUAUCAAUUAGGUCGACCGAUAGUUCACUGUGGAUACGUCAAAGUUGCAACGGGAAGAGAAAUGACGCUGAACGACUGGAUGACUCAUUUUCUGACGAUUUUUUGGAAAUCUAAACCUCGAUUUCUGUGUAUUUCGUUUGGAGCGGAGAGAUUUGACAUGCAAUCGGUCUAUAACAUGUUCAAGCAUUCAAUAUCGAUUCGAAUUUUAACUGAUGCUUCGUCGUUGUUGGCUACUCGUGUGAUUGAGAAAUUCAAAAAUACGAAUCGACUUGAUCUAUUCCAUAUUCCAUACACAACGGAGGAUGUUAUGUCACGGCAGAAGCUUUUCAUGAGCAACUUUCAAUAUUUGGUGAUAAUGUUAGGUUCAUUAAGUUUGGAUGAUUUGUUGAUGAUCAAUUCGAAGAAUUUUGCUAUACAGCGAACCAAUUUUUGUGCGAAAGACAUGAAUCGCUUCUUCAAACAUUGGAUCCUAGGCUCCAACCCAAGAAUGAUUUGGAUGGCGAUUCAGAGUUUUUCUGGACCUGUGAAUUCACGGGAACUUUUGAGAGGACUCACUUAUUCGGAGGUUCCAGGUACUGGACCAGCAGGAGUCCGAUAUGAGAUUAGAAGAAGAGAUCAUGCUGUUGGAUCAAUUUAUGUAGAAUCCUUACCGUUACGUUUUGUGCUUACAUUUUCUGUAAAAAUGUUGUAA